UCAGUAGCCCUCUUCCAUGCGAUAAUAUCCUCCUGCCUUCAUCCGGCGUCGAUAGGGCUCUGCAGCGCCCAGUGGACGGCCCGACGGCUGAGCACUCGAGUGCUCCUGGAACCCAGUCACCGACUCAGCUGCAUAUGAUGCGCAUGCCCACCAGGCAAGAGAGCAGAUUAUGCAGGUAUGUAUCAAGUAGGCGUACACACACGUAUGCAGUGGAUCCACUUGCCUGUCGGUUGCUCCUCGGUCUUGUGAAGGAGCUCGUUUGGGGGGGCAAUGCCGCCAUCUCUGCAGACACGGACGGACACACCCAAUCAAUCAAUCAAUCAAUGCGACGGACAGAUAUACUGUAGAGGACUUCCAGGUCAGUCAUGUGAUUGACACAAGCACGUACGAGUCCUUCUUGUGCUCUGCAGCCACAUCCAUACGAACACCAGACACACCCGUGCGCAGCGCAAGUGACCUUUGAGCCUUCUCCCUGCCUGCAGGUCAGGUACGUGCGGUGCCUACCUCGCUGCUGAGCGCGCGUCGCCAAUACAGCAGCCCGCGCAUCUGCCCACUCAGUCCACACUGAACCCGACACGUUAAUUACAUAAUAGAUAGCCAUGCAGACACAAAUUACAUUCCUGCCCACCCACCAUACACAGCCGUAUGUACCUGCAUACCUUCGUCAGAUGGGCGCACGUGGGUCCGCAGGUAUUCAAGAAAGGCAGCGUCAUCACCAAGAUGCUUAAGAAGACCAAGGAAGUGAUCCUGGCGACACACACACACACAGACAGACAGACAGAACAACGCGUCAUCAAUCACUGUGUGUGUGUCUGUGUAUUCUCUGUGUGUGUCUUCUUUCUCCUUACUCUGUGCCUCAACAGCCAUUUGAUGUGAAUGUAUACCUCCAUCCUGGUGAGACCCAGAGUUUCGAUCUUCCGCAAGACGGCGUUUUCCUCCUGCGGAGUGUAUCGGUUGUCGCGCAGCAAAGGUUUCUGUGCGUUGCCCAU